UAUGUGACGUCAGUGAUUAGACGCGUCAUAGAAAUAGUUCUAUGAGGCGCGUAAUCUCGCUUGGGCGAGAUUUGGUGUGUAGAAUUAUUUUUGUUAGUUACUAGUCUCGGUCACCCAGAACCUCCUAGUCUUCAACAUACGGAGGGUCUGGGAAGGUUGUCAAUAUUUGACGUAAAGUCCAUUGCCCAUGCGUAACCGGGAGUUUGGUUUUUAAUGUGGUUGAUUAUCCAGCCUCUUUAGCCAAGUCAAGUAAGAGUUGCGCCCCUUCCCACAAUAAAUCCCAUAAUUCUUGCAUUGAUAUAAACAAACCUGAAUCGUGACGACGAAUUAGGAUUAAUUUUAAAAGCAUAGAUAUGGCCCAUGAAGAGAGAAAUUUUACAAUAAAAAAUUAAGAGUGUUAGAUAUUGAACUUGCAUGCAAUCAAAUGGAUUUUUUGAAAUGACAUUCUUAAAUUAAUUUCAUGGGCGUAAACAUCUUGGUUUAAGAGGAAUUACCUUCCUUAGACAUUGUUUAUGAUAAUGUGAAAGACCGGAUUAUCUAGCCAAUUUUUCUGAAAUGUUGAAAACCUGUCCAGACUAAUAUUCGUAGAAUAUUUUUCUGAAUGAUAGAGACUAGUUAGUUAUGUGAUCUCGUUUGGCCGAGAUUUGGAAAUCUACAAAUGUGUGAAAAGUAUUUUGAAUAAAUUAACUCCCCAGAAAUUCACAACUUUAUUAAAACAAGUUCAGGAUUUAAAUAUCGACACAGAAACAAGAUUAAAAGGUGUCACAGAUUUACUAUUUGAACAGGCUGUGAGUCAACCAAUGUAUAGUUUAGCCUAUGCUAACAUGUCUAGAUAUUUUAUACAGUUGAAAGUUCCGUCUGAUAGCAAACCUGGUGAGAAAGUAAAUUUCCGGGUUAUUUUAUUAACUAAAUGUCAGAGAGAGUUUGAGAAAGAUGAAGAUGUGGAAAUAGAUUUAGAAGCUCGACAGAAGAAAAUCAAUGAAGCUGACUCCGAAGAUGUGAAGAAACAAUUACAAGAAGAAAUGGAGGUUGCUGCAACAGCCAGGAGGAGAUCUAUAGGAAAUAUCAGAUUUAUAGGAGAAUUAUGCAAAUUAAAAUUGUUACCGCAGAACAUUAUGCAUGAUUGUGUAGUUAAAUUAUUACGGUCGAGAGAUGAGGUGAAUUUAGAAUGUUCAUGUAGAUUAUUAACCACAAUAGGAAAAGAAUUGGAUACAGAAAAGGCCAAGCAUAGAAUAGAUCAGUACUUUCGGAAAAUGCAGGAAAUUGUUGGAAAUAAGAAAACAUCGUCAAGAGUACGAUUUAUCUUACAGGAUGUUAUAGAUUUACGAUUGUGUAACUGGGUGCCAAGAAGAGAAGAUAAUAAUCCUAAAACUAUUGAUAAGAUUCAUAAAAAGGCUGCUAAAGAAAACGCACAGAGAACUUAUCUUCUGUCCCAGAAUCCACCUCAAAGUGGAGGACGAGGCGAUUUUAACAACAUAAUGGAAUCUCAAGGAAAUAAUUCACAGCCAAGAGAAGUUUAUAGAAAACCUAGAGAAAUGGAACGUAGGCCUCCCUUUAAACCUAGAAACAUGGAAGACAGACCUCCCUUAAAGCCACCAAGUUUAUCACGACUGGAUCAAGAUGGUUCAAGAGAAAAAUGGGAACAAUUUGAGCAGGAGUUUGACCGGUAUCUGGUGGAUAGUGGACUAGAGUUUAUGGACGAUACUGUCAAGUGUCCACUUUUACGUCAAUGUAUUGGACAAGAAAAUAUGCAUAUUUAUGAUUCGUUUUAUACAUUACAUGAAUUAAAAACGAAAUUCAGUAAUUAUUGCAAACGUCCGAUGAGGGCAGAUAGUGUGAAUAAAGUUGACGGAAAUCAUACUGUUGAUGUCAGGCAAAAAAACCAAAGGAGUCCUCUAAAUCAGGAGGGUAGAAUAAUCUACGACAGAAAUUUCUUGCUACAAUUUAGUAGCAACUGUGUUUCUAAACCAAAAGGCUUACCAAAUUUACCUGACAUCGUUCUAGAUAAGCCUGCUAUAAUGUCGUCUGCAGAAAGGAUUAAAAUGGGUAAUACUGUAUUAGAGUUUUCCCCAGAUUUCGUCCUCCAAACAAGGCCUGAAUGGAAUAAACAGAGCUGUUAUCGUGGACGAUAUCUUUAUGGUGGGUGUAAGUUAAUGUAUUAUUUUAUUACAUGGCUGGUGUAUAGAAAUGCCGACUACGAUUUAUCCGUGUCCAAAUGGGUCAAAUUGGCCACAAUCCAUAAUGGCUGCUGGUUUUGCCUUGUAAAUUUUAAUUUCCACUAAUUUAUCAAAGUAUCAAAAUAUACGUUUUCGGGGUAAUUGAAUCCAAUUCCAUACACAUGUUCGUGAUUAGUGACACCGCUGAGUUAAUAUUGG